UCCCUGUCCCCUCCUUUCACACCCCGAUCGGCCGCCCCGCAAACCCUAACCAUCUAAAACCCCCGGGCCCUCUCCGAUGGCCGCCGCCUCGCCGCCGCGCUCCCCACCCGCCGCCAAGCGCCCCAAGAUGUCCUCCUCCUCCGACCCGGAGGCUGAUGCCGAGUCCACCUCGCCCUCCGCCGCCGGGGAGCCCCGCCGCCCCAGGUACAAGCGCCGCAAGGUCGCCAUCCUCCUCGGCUACUGCGGCGCGGGGUACCAGGGCAUGCAGAAGAACCCGGGCGCGCGCACCAUCGAGGGCGACCUCGAGGAGGCGCUCUACCAGGCGGGUGCCGUGCCGGAGGCCGACCGCGCCGCGCCGCGGCGGUACGAUUGGGCGCGCGCCGCGCGCACCGACAAGGGCGUCAGCGCCGCGGCGCAGGUGGUGUCCGGCCGAUUCUACGUCGACCCGCCAGGCUUCAUCGACCGCCUCAACGCCCAGCUCGCGCCGCAGAUCCACGCCUACGGCUACGUGCGCGUCACCAACUCCUUCAGCGCGAAGAAGUUUUGCGACCGCCGGAGGUACCUUUACCUGCUCCCCGUGUUCGCGCUUGACCCCAGCGCGCACCCGGACCGCGAGGCCGUCAUGGCGAGCAUGGGAAGUGGAAGCGAGCUGACCAAGUGCCUGGAGUGCUCCGAGAGGGGGAGGAAGGUGCCUGGUGUCAUGGGCCGGGAGGGGAAGCUGCCCAGCCCUGGGGUGAAUGGUACUGAUGCUCCCGUGGAGGGAACUGUGAACACUCAUGACGAAUCGGGAUCUAUUGGGGCUGCGAAAGGUGAUCCAACAGUUUCAGAAGAAACUCAAGCUGGAAAUGCUGAGCUGGGAUCAAAUGGUGCUAGUGAUGUUGUACCUUCAGGUUCAGCUGAUGCAGAUGCUUCAAUCGGCAAUGAGGAGAAUAAACUUGAGGCCACAGCUACUGAAGAGAAAGUACAAGGUAUGGAUUUCGAGAAUAGCAAUGGAGAAGAGAAGCCACCAACCAAGAGUGACUUUUCUUACAAUGAUGAGAUGAAGGAGAGGUUCAACAGGAUUCUCAAGUACUAUGUUGGAACCCAUAAUUUCCACAACUUCACCACAAGAACUAAGGCAGAGGAUCCUGCAGCCAAAAGGUUUAUUAUUUCCUUUGCUGCCGAUCGUGUUGUUAGCCUGGAUGGGAUUGAUUUUGUCAGGUGUGAAGUUGUUGGCCAGAGUUUCAUGCUCCAUCAGAUCCGGAAGAUGAUUGGCCUUGCUGUAGCUGUGAUGAGAAACUGUGCACCUGAAUCGAUUUAUGAUGUUGCCUUCCGCAAGGAUGUCAAACUUAACGUGCCUACAGCACCUGAGGUUGGGUUGUACCUAGAUGAAUGCAUGUUCACCUCAUACAACAAGAAAUGGAAGGAUUCGCAUGAGGCAGUUUCCAUGGAACCUUAUUGUGAGGAGGCUGAAGAGUUCAAGGUCAAGUAUAUUUUCCCUCAUAUUGCGGCGAUGGAACACAAGGAGGGAGCUGUAGCUUUGUGGUUGCACUCAUUAAAUCACAGGAAUUAUCCAGAUUUCCGCUACAUGGAAACUGCUGGUGCUGAGGCCAAGGUUGGGGCUGAAGUUGCUGCUGGUGCAGAGGUCAACGUUGGGGCUGAAAAUGAUGGUAUCGAAGAAGUACAAAUGCCAAGUGAUAAUGUGAGUGAGUAAAUCAAUUUUGCCUUGGGGCAUACAAAGCCAAUGAGUAUAUUUGCUUAAUGUAUGCACCGAAAGAGGGACCUGAGACACUGCUUAUGGGAUGAAAUAAAGAAUGAAGAUGGUAUCAAAAGGCUAAGGUGCAUGGAUUUAUACAACGGUGUUUUCUUUAGGCAAUACAUCAUGAUCCCUAUAUUAAUCUUCCCAGAAUAGAAUUUAUAGGUUGAUUAAUCUUAUAUCUGAACUUAAUCAGUUACUUCCAUACAGUUGUAUGGAAAAUGAUGGCGCCUGAAAAUGCUUCAGCAAUGUUUUUGUUUGCUGAAAUUGUUAUGGAAUUCACUAUAUUUCGUCUUAUCUAGCAUAUAAAUGAAUUUUUCUUGCA